AAACUCGUUUUCGAGCAUAGCAAUAGAAAUUUUUUGAAGAUUGUUUUGAAGAAGAAAGCUCUCAGCGUCGUCGUCGUCGUCUUCUCUCCUUCUUCGCUAGUAUCAUCCCACCUGCAAUUUCUACUUAGGCUCUUCCUCGUACCCGAAAAGUUCGAGACUUUCGAGCUUUUGUUCGAUUAUCUCUCGUGGGUCUCCUCUGUUCGUCUCUGGCUCUGGAUCUAUGACCGUUAAAAGAUUCACUACCAGAGACGGAGGCAGCAACAAUGGCGGUAACGAACAAGUUGGGUCAAUCGAGCAGGAAUCUUUCAUCAAAGGUUCCUCGGAGCUUCGGAACGAGUUGGUUGGGAUUGAAGCCAUUGUUAAUCGUCUGAGCAAAUGGGUUGUGUCUGCACUAUUUGGUUCGAUCAUUCUUCUACGACAUGAUGGUGCAGCCUUGUGGGCUGUCAUUGGAUCCAUUUUGAAUUCCGCUCUCUCUGUAGUUCUGAAACGUAUACUUAACCAAGAGAGGCCUGAAACAACAUUGCGAUCUGAUCCCGGGAUGCCAUCUUCUCACGCUCAAUCCAUUUCUUUCAUAUCUGUCUUUGCUGUUUUAACCGUUAUAGAAUGGCUUGAAACCAAUGGAGUCUCUUUGUUUCUUAGCAGCUUCAUCCUCGCAUUGGGUUCAUACUUUAUACGGUUAAGGGUUUCACAGAAGCUGCACACAAGCAGUCAAGUGGUGGUGGGUGCCAUUGUGGGAUCUAUUUUCUGCAUCUUAUGGUAUACAACGUGGAACUCGCUUCUACGUGAAGCCUUUGAGUCAUCUCUAUUAGUUCAAAUAUCUGUUUUUCUGGUGGCAGCUACAUUUGCGCUAGCAUUCGCAGUGUACGUUGUAUUUAACUGGUUCAAAGACGACAGAUAAUCAAAACAAAGCUUUUUACCAAAUGCUUGAAAAGUUAAAAUUGUAUCACUCGAUUUAUUUUCAAAUUAUUGAACGUCGGGUUCUGAGCCA